AUUCCCAACAUUGUCCACUUUUCGAUUCGUCGUUCAAGUGUGAUAAUAUUCAUUUCCUGAUUUGAACACUCAAUAAAGAGCUUGUCAACUGCAAGUUUGCGACUAUCGACGCUAUCAAUGGACGUUCAAGAUAUCAUUGGAAUUGCUUUGAACUUGGCAACGGCCGGAUCUCUUGCAGCAAUUAUAUUAUUGCCGGGAUGUGGAGGAAAAAAAAACAGACCGGCUGAAGGUGAAUCAAGUUCGAGCAGUAAAGGAAAUGGUGCGAAAACUCCAGAAGGAAAGGAAGGAUCUGAAGCCGGAACACCUUCUGCUGCUGGUUCGGCAGCUCCUACAGCUCCUGCUCCUGCGGAAGGGGCAGCCCCCGCUGCUGCAGCACCAAAACCUCCAAUGGCUGGAACUCACGAUCCAAACUACCAAACUCUUGCUGGAAUUGGCAAUGAUUGUUUCGAAAAGAAGGAUGGAGCACCAGCUGCCGGAGGAGGAGGACCAGCUCCACCAGCGAAUGCAAAACCCGGAAUGGCAGCAACCCACGACCCGAACUAUCAAACAUUGGCUGGAUUGAAUAACAACGUAUUUGGAAAGAAGGAUGGUGCUGCUCCAGCUGCAGGCGGUGGAGGUCCAGCUGUUCCAGCUGAUCAGAAUGCAAAAGCAGCUACUCACGAUCCGAAUUAUCAGACAUUGGCUGGAUUGAAUAAUAAUGUUUUUGAUAAGAAGGAUGGUGGAGGUGCUCCUGCUGCGGCUCCUGCUGCUGCUGGAGGAGACAAGAAACCAAUUCAACCGAAUGAUAAAAACAAGAAGGCUGCUACGAUGGAUCCUAAUUAUCAGACACUGGCUGCAGUUGGAGGAGAUGUAUUCGGAGCUGAUAAGAAAGCUGGAGGAGGAGGUGGAGAUAAGAAGCCAAUUCAGCCGAAUAACAAGGGUCAAAAGGCAGCAACCAUGGAUCCAAACUACCAGACAUUGGCAGCUGUUGGUGGAGAUGUGUUCGGUGCAGAUAAGAAGAAGAAAUAAAAGAAAAGUACUGCCAUUUCAAAUGAAUUAUUUUAUUCACCUAAA